ACCACAUUUAUAUAAAGAGAACCGAAACUUCCUUUACUCUCUCAUUGACUAAUCAUGCCUCGCCGCUGAGAGCUUACUGCCUUGAGCUAGUAGAAGUGAAGUUAGCUGGGAGCCUAUCGCUGCCACGCACAUGUAAUUUACUUAACGUAUGAGGCUAGCCUAGGCAUCAGCGUCAGUGGGGCACGAUCAAUCGAUACGAGAAUAAAAAGGUCAAGCUGGUUUCGAAUCUCUGUGUGUAUUUGUUCAUUCAACUUUCUCUGCUUCAACUUAGCUUUUUAAAGUAUUCACCUCAAUUAUCAUGCUCGGCCAUGUCUCCAUCCGUGUAUCGAACCUUGAAGAGUCGGUAAACUUCUACCUCCAAACCCUAGCCCCUCUGGGGUUCGAAGUGAUGCGCUUUCCUACCGUUGUUGGGUUGGGGCCAACUGAGAAGCCUCAGUCAGCACCAAUUCCCUGUUUUUGGCUCCGCGAGCAUACACCUGGGCCCGAGAAUAAUCAUUCACUUAAGCCUACUCCUAUACAUGUAUCGUUCUACACCGCAGAACGUCAGAAGGUGGAGGAAUUUCAUCAGCUCGGUCUUGCGGCUGGGGGCAAAGAUAAUGGCAAGCCAGGAGUACGAUCCUUUUUUCCAAAUUACUAUGCUGCCUACAUCCUAGAUUUGGACGGGAAUAAUAUUGAGGUGGUUUGUUUUACACCUUGAUCUCUUACUAUUUUAGAGUUCUACCGAGAUAAGUACCAGGGCAAUAUCUAGAUUAAAGAUAAGGCUUUGAUUGUUGAACACUUAUUGUUCAAUUUUGGUGGCAACUAUUGUCAUGAUCCAUUUGUAAUUGAGCAUGCUAUUUAGUAUGUUGAAUAAGGAUGUUUUAAUUAUGAAACAUUAUUUAUUAGGUAAUGCUAUAGUAUAGCUACUUCUGGAAUAAAUUAAAUAAAUUAAUGGUAUUUGAUAUUUAUC